AUGAUUGAUUUUGAUGUCAUUUUGAGAAUAGUUUUCAUAUCUAUGCCAGGGAUGUCUGGGUUUGAGCGGAAAGAAGAAAGAUUCAUGCAAAAAUCUAGCUCUGCUGCUGUGGAACAACUUCAACAUAGUUUACAUGCUUUUGCUGGUAUACCUCUUUUAAUUUUUGCGGAAGUCAAAUCUGUGUAUAAGAAGUUUUCACCCUCAGCGCUAUCUAUGAGGGGAGCAACUCGAGUUUGUUGUGCUAUUGCUUUGUUUCAGGUUAUGGCUAAUAAUCCAGAAACAAGAACGGGGCUCACAAAAGCUGAAAUACCAUGUUAUUUCUAUCCAUUUCUCAAGCCCUAUGGAGAUGAUAAGCAUUUGGAGUGUGUGAGGACCACUACCUUGGGUGUUCUCAGUGACCUGACAAAGUUUGAUGAUCCAAAUGGAUCACAUGCCCUUCGUUUCUUCUUGGAAUCGGAAGUGGUUCCUUUGUGCCUGAAGUGCAUAGAUGAAUGUGACGAAAAGUCACAGAAGCUUGCAACUCUCAUAGUUAUGAAUAUUCUGACGCAAGAGAGUGGACUGACCUAUUGUUCUGCUACGCCUGAACGCUUCUUCGCGAUUGUACAGCACAACCACGAAGCUUCACGGAUGUUGCAGGUUCUACAUCUCAAUAGUUAUGGAUGUCCAUAUUUUCCACCAAUUGAAGAGAGAAAAAGCAUUGCAAAGAAGGCUGCAUCAAGUUAUGCAUCAAGUUCUGCAUCAAGUUAA